CAUUGUACAAAUGACAUAUAAAUAAUAAGGUUAUAAAUCAAACAGACAAAACAACGCGCUUUUUACAUUAAUUAUUAAUUAAUAGCUAAUUGUUGAUAUACAAUUAUUCAAAAUGAAAUUACUUUCUCAUAAUAUGUUAACGUCAAAGUGUAUAAAAGGUGUGAAUGUAGGAUAUCCAUUAGCAAUUCAGGCAACAGACGUAAAAAUUUUAGACGUAGACUUUAAUAAAGAAUUUAUAUCAAGACUAAUACCUAGAAUAGAGUGGGAAGCUUUACUAGGAGCAGUAGUCAAUUUGGGCCAAACUACUGAAAUUCCAAAAGUGGUUCCUGAAGAUUAUGCCGAAAAUGAAAUAUUUUUAAAACAAGCACAUCAUGCUCUAUUAGAAGUUGAAGUUGUAGAAGGAGAGUUAAUUUGUCCUGAAACAGGUCGAAAAUUUCCAAUUAAAAAUGGUAUUCCAAAUAUGCUUCUGAGAGAAGACGAAGUCUGAAACACUGCAUGGGGUAUUAGAAAAACUGUACAAAGGCAUUGAUGUGAUUUUUUGUAUAAUUUUAUUUAAGUUACAUCGUAUAAUAUCAUUUAUAAUUAUGUAAAUUUUAUCGAUU